CCAGUUGUAGGACGUUUUAAGAAAUAUAAUGAUAAUAGCUGGUACCAAAGAUGAGUGACAUAGAUGAGGUGUUUACCAAGCUGGGUUUCGGCAAGAUGCAGUUCAUCAUUUUAUUAAGCUGCUUUAAUCUGCAAAUUUGGAUGACCAACGAGCAGCUGGGAUUUGGAGUAAUAAUAGCAGGUGCAAGUUGUGAAAUGCGAAUACACGACAGGCGGUUGGCCUGGUUAAUGGCUGCAAGUUUCGCCGCCCAGAUGGUAUCCUGCUUUUUAUGGGGCGAGCUGGCGGAUGUGUACGGAAGGCGCAAAAUCAUUAUGAUUACGUCAACCGUUGCGAACAUUGUGUCCAUUCUCUCGGCUUGCGUGCCGGAGUUUUGGGGCUUCCUUUUCCUUCGUUCAGUGGGUGGCUUCUUUAUUGCUGCGUCAGUUGUUUCUUUAAUGACAUACUUGAGUGAAUUCACAAAGAUCUCCUUGCGACCCAGGGUGCUGACCAUUAUGAGCUUUUCGCUCGGCGUGAGCAUGAUCUACGUGCCAUGUCUGGCCGGUGUUCUGCUGCCAUUGCGAACGGAGCCCAGUAGUUGGCGCAUCCUGCUGUUGUGCAACCAGGUGCCCGGAAUCAUCGGAAUAAUCAUUCUGGUAUUCCUGCCCGAGAGUCCAAAGUACUAUCUGUCGAUUAACAACCAGGAGAAGGCCAUGCAAGUCAUGGAAAAAAUCUGCCGAAUGAACAAGGGCAAGAAGGUUACUCUGAAUAGUCUGGGAGUGGAGUCGCUAACCCAGCCGCGCCUGCGCCAACCAACCGAGAAGCACGGGUCGUGUUACGAAACCAAAGUGCUACUGCUAAACCAUGCCAAAAUCAUGUGGUUUUUCUUCAUCAUAUUCUUCAGCCUGUCGGGACUAGGUUUUGCCCUGCCAAUAUGGAUGCUGAGAGUAAGGGUUCUUACGGCCACGUUCACUGAUUGGGAUACGAUGUGCUCUCACUUGGAUGGAAUUAAAGCAGAUUCGCCUGGCCGUACAGAGUGCCACCUGACCUAUGAGCAAAUGACGGAUCCGAUGAUUCACGGAUGCGUUGUCCUGGCUCUCUUUGUGGUCACCAGUGUUAUCUUGACUUGGCUAAGUCGUCGUUGGGUAAUUAUAGGCUAUAUUUGCAUUUCAAUUAUCGGAUGCGUGGCCCUUAACUUUAUGGAGCAUCCUAAUCUGAUACUGAUUAGUUUCUUCGCCAUAAUCGAUCCGCUCAUAUGCAGCGUUAGGUUGGCAGGUUCCAUGCUCAUAGAUCUCGUACCCACUCACCUUCGGGGUAAGGUCUUUGCUCUAAUCAGUAUGACGGGCCGGGCCGGGAUUUUGAUAACCAGUGUGUAUGUGGGAUACACCUUGUCGUACAUCUGCUAUGUAACCUUUAAUAUUUUCAUUCUAGUGCUCAUAGUCACAGGCUGUCAUGUGUACUGGUUGCCAUCUGAAUUUCAACGAACAAGCUUUACAAAUUAAUAUUCUCGUAAAUAAAUUUAUAUAGCGAGCUACUUUUCGAAAGUC